AUGCCCAUCACGAGAGCUUUGUCGAGCCGCCUGCGCUCCGGGUCGCGCCGACAGUCGACGCCAGCUGCUGCGAUCAACCACCCAACCGAGGAUAUGACGGCGCUCAAGAGCCAGGCUCAAGCAGCAGCCGCCAUGGUCGAGCCUGCGCGUGCACUGGUGGCCAGCGCCCUCGCUCAGCUCAACGUCCACAACACCGCCAAGGAUGCAGGCUCGACUUCGGGCUCGAGCUCCUACGCUGCCAGCACCGCCGCCUCGACCACUUCGGCAUCUUCGAGGCCUCGCUACUCGCGUGGCACCCGUCGACUAUCGUCCCGGCGCUCGGUGCUGGGCAGCUCCGAGUUUGGCGACUCCUCGGACGAUGAGAACGACGACAAAGGCCAGCAGCGCAGGAUCGGCGGAUGCUCCUCCCGAAUCGCCACCACCGACCAGCCGGACGACAGCAACAAGGAGAACGUCGCCCCCUUCCGCUGCACCUCCCAAGACGUCCUCGACGCCGAGGCUCGCGAUGUCCAGCACGAGCACGCUAUCCGUCGCACCACGCCUUCUCGCCGCACCAGCCUCAUGGAGCGCCCCUCGUUUGCUUCUUCACCGCGUCUCAGCCGCAGCUCCACCGUGUCCGACCUUUCCGCUUCACAAGCCCCGAUCGAUUGGCUGCAGGCCGAGGGUGCAGCAGUGUGA